AUAGUUUUCUGUAAGUCGCUAAGAUGGCGGAAAACAGUGACUCAAGAGAGGAACAUCCAGAAAUGGCUGCUCCUGAUAAUUCAGAUACCAGACAUCCCUGAGAUCAACCAAAACAUGGACCAAAAUCCGUGGUCGAUUUCCUACCUACCAUCCUCUACUACACAGGAAGAAUCCUUAAAUAAUUAUGGGGGUGAUAACCCCGACUCUCUGCUUAUAUCUUCCUGCUUGCCUCCAAUAUCAUCAAGCGUGGAGCCACCUGCAACUCCCGGCUUACAAAAUUCAAGUUAUGACAUUUCACCUAUUCAGCCAUCUAAAGAAGAGGAUUUCUUUGCGGACACGCUUUUCAACGGAGUCUGCAAAGAAAACCAAACUAAUAUACGUCAUUUUGUUGAAACUUCUUCAUCUCAAAAUGAGGGAACCAGCUUCUCUACUUCUGAGAAUAACACUGCUUAUGCAGGAUCAGUUCCCUCUAUUUCUUUUAACUCUUCAACUUCAGAACGUCGCUCCCCUGGUCCAUUUGGAGUUUUACCACACGAAGCUGUGAUGACUCGUUCUGCUCCUCGCUAUCAAGACAGAAACAAUGACAAAUUUAUUUCUCCCGUUUCUAAAACUGCUUCAGCAUCAUAUAACAAUGGGCCUUAUACAGAUCGUGAUGUGUCAAGCAUUUAUUCCUCUGCGCCACUGUCAGCGCAAUCUGCAUUCUCGGGUGAUACUGCUUCUCUCUCUCCAGUUGUUAAUUCUGUCACUUCCCCUUCUAUUGUUUCUAAUUUUUCUUCACCAAGUGAAUACUAUUCCAGUCCAAAAACAAAUUUUGGAGCUUAUAAUAGUUUACAGAGCCCAGUGCCUCAAAGUCCUUCUGUGGCUCAACAUUCUUACCCAUCAUCACCAUUUGCUAAUGUUGAUCCUAUUGGUCACAUUUCUUCUGCGCCUCCUUGUUCACCUAUGAGUGCCGGGACCUACGUAAAUAACUUAAAUGCAGUUCCUCAGAGGAAUGGGCAAAUGAGUCAACCAAGCCCAAGCAAUAGUGCUGCUAAUGGCAAUAUUAUGUGCUUUAACCAGCCACAGACUCCUAGCAUGGUCAACCAUGGUCCACAGCCUGUGUUGCCAAAGACAGAUUACCAUUCUGAAUACGGCUUUCCGCACGAUCCCAACUCACAGUCAACCUAUUCAUCUGUUUAUCCAGCCAUUCAUUCAACACCAAUGUCAGGUGCAAACAGCUCCAGAAUGCCACACAGAACUCCCAUGCAGCACCAAAACAUGCAGCAAGAUGGAAGGAUGCCCUAUCCACAUUCAGCGUCACAGUCAUCCGCCAGUACGAACUACAUGCAGAACAAUAUUUGCCAUGAUGGCUAUGGGCCAUCUUCCAGUGUUCCAACAGGACAAUCUAUGCACCCUCCCCGAUAUCCUUGUGCAACUCCAAUGAGUAACAAUCUUAGUCAUAACAUGGUGCAUACGAACCCAUCAGCCAUGAUGUCUAACCAGAUGGGAAGUGACAGACCGUACGGCUAUCCUAAUAACUCCAUGGAUGACAAGAAGCCUGUUAAUCUGUUUAAUUCCCAUCUUGAUUCCAGUGUUCAUCACAAUCAUAGUGUUCCACCAAAUCAUCCCUCCUAUAUGAAUCAUGAAGUUUCCCAUUUAGAUGCAAAUAUGCACCCUUGCAGACAGUUAAACAGGCAAAUGGAUCAUCCUAAUGAUCCUUACAAACUUAAUUACAUGACUUCAGAUAACUCCAACAGGGGCAUGAUGUCCCAUGGUUCGAUGGGGCGUGAGCAUAGCAGAGAAGAUAUGCAGCCAACUUAUAAUAUGAACUCUUAUGGUUCCUCUGUACCGAGGCGUAGCCGGUCACGAAAUUUAUCUCUUAAUACGCCACGAAGGCGAGGUCGAAGGGGACGCCGGAGAAAGUCCGAAAUCGGAAGCAUGACUAGAUAUCAGUCAUUUAAAACAGAUCGAAUGUACAGCAAUUUUCCCAUGACACCAACUUUUUUAGAUUAUGGUAAUGUUGAAACCCAGAGCACGUAUCCUAAACGAAUGUGUGAUGAGAAAGAAUUGCCGCCAAUGAACUAUCCUUUCUCUAGGUAUCGAUCUGAACUGAAAAUGAACCUUAACGAAAGCGAAAAGAAAAGCUCUGUCAUGUUACCUAAGUCACGAAAAAUUAUGAUGACAGUUGAGGAAGAAGUGGAAUUUUUGGAGCAUCUCAUUUUUCCCGAGGAAGAAGAAAAAGAAUCUCCACACACGUUUAUGAAAACUCGAAACAAAGACUCUGAAGGCUUUUUGCAAUGUUACAGAAACUUUCUAGUGAACCGCAAAACUAGCUCAGAUUCGGACUCUGAAACAGCGCCUCCUGGGCUUAGCAGUAAAUCAAAAACCGAGCAUCAUGCACCGAAAGAGCACAGGGAGAAGCGAUGCUACAAGCCCAUUCCUAAACUAGUAUUUGGCAGGUCCAAUAAUCCUGGUGAAUGGAGGCUGAAACAGCCAUAUGCUUCUCCAGAGACUAUAUCCGACGAUACAGAAGAAGAAAGUGCCUCUGAUAGCUCGGGAGAACUAAUAUCUAGUCAUAAAAUUAAGCAAGAGUAUGAUUCAGAUCAGGAGAGAGGCAAGCUUUUAAAAAUAACAGGUAAAUUUAAGCUUUCAAAGCAUAGUGCCAAGAGAAAAAAUGACUCUAAUGAUCAUGAUAAAUAUAAUCACCAUAAGGACAAACGUUUCUCUAAUUAUGAAACUCUCCCGGUAGGCAGGCUGCAAAUAAAGACUGAAAGCCAAGAGCUGCCUCCGAUCACGCCGAAAAAGCGUGGCCGCAAAAAGAAAAUACCUGCGGCAAAACCGGAGACAAAAAGGAAAACUUACAGUAAAAUGGCAGCUAAUUCCUCUGAGGUAGUUAAUGACACUCCUGUGACAAUUAAACAGGAGAUCAUUGAAGACGAAGAUGUUGUGGUAGAAUGCCAAAGACGAUCCACAAGGUCACUUUCAAGAAGAAGUGAUGCUUCAAUCCAGGAUACUGAAGCAGGUCCUUCAAUCAAAAAGGAACCAGCAGAGCUGAGUAGUGAUGAUAUUGAUAUCAUUGAUGACUCAGACUCAGAUCCUGCCUGGACACCUUCUGCCAAAACCCUAAAGGUUGGAGAUCAUAUUAAAGCACAUCCCAUCCCCACACCAGUUAAAAAACGUGGGCCAAAGCCAGGGCGACGCAGCUCUGCUGGCAAUGGCCCUACUUUAAAGGUAAAAAAAGAAAAAUCACGUGAAAGCGUGCCAACUAGUGGUCGCAAGAGAAAAUCACAUUCAAAAUCACUGUCAUGUAAGCAAGAAACUGUAUGUGAACCUGAAAAGGUGAAAAAGGAGAGAGUUUGUGGUCGAUUUCUUGUAGCCAAAGCAGACAUAGAGAAACCAACGCCAUACUUGUGGCUUGUUGACACAGAAACAAAUAUGUUACAGCGUUUUGAAUGGUAUGAACAGCAAGGAAUAGUGCUGUAUCGCAGCACAUAUACUUAUGCAGCAUGGAAUGAAAUAUCGUUUGCCAACUAUGUCAAAGCAAAAGUGAAAGUCGUGUCACAUUCUCGUAUUCUCCAUGUUGUGGAAUAUUUGGGUCCGGAACUUAAAGAGGAAGUUGAGAAUAAUUCUGUUGUGUCUAAGCUGCCUGCCAAUCCUUUGAGAGAAAACUUUGAAGUCUUCCUACAAACUCUGAUUAGUCAAGCUCUUGAUCCAAAUUUCCUCUCUGAAAUAACAAAUGAAAAUGAUGAAUAUUUCUUGAGCAACAUUAAAGAAAUUGAAAGUGUCAGCGAGGAAAAGAAAAAAACUUUGGUGAAGGAUUUUUGGGAAGAAACUCUUCAAAAGUGUGCUGAUACGUACCCUUGUGUAAAUAUUUUGGAUAGUCUUUCAGAGGAUGAAACUUGUGAGGUUUGUAAAAAGGAAGGUGCCUCCAAGCUCCUGCAGUUCUAUGGACAACCUUAUGACUGGACGACCCUAGGAUCUGUGGACAUGAUCCUAGCAAACAAAACUCAAUAUACUGUGUGUGUUGUGUGUUCAGCUACGGUUUCCUUGUACAGUCGUUUGCAUCAUCAGAAGUAUAACUUUUUCAUCAAGUGUCGAACUAAGUUUUUGUGUUGA